GAGAAUCGCACCAUGGCGACCUCCCAACCCCCCGUCCGGUUCACUUCGCACAAGAAUUUCGUCUGGCGACUGGUGUUUUCCGUCUUGACCGGCCGCACCAUCCAGAUUUCCCAGAUUCGCCCGUCGUCCACCAAUCCCGGUCUGGCCCCGCAUGAGAUUUCCUUCCUCCGUCUGAUCGAGAGCGUGACCAAUGGCUCGCAGAUGGAGAUCUCGUAUACCGGUACGAUUCUUGUCUUCAAACCCGGUCUGAUCACGGGCAGCGCGCCCGGAAAUGGCGCCAGCGGCGGCGUCAUCCACCACCAGCUCCCGCCGAACUGCUCGCGCGGCGUCAGCUACUUCCUCGUCCCGCUCUGUCUCCUCGCUCCGUUCUCCAAGGCGCCCAUCCGAGUCCUCUUCAGCGGUCCGGGCGUCAUCACCUCGUCCACCCCGACGGGCGACAUGUCCGUCGACAGCGUGCGGACCGCCAUCCUCCCGCUCUACAACCAAUUCGGCAUCUUCAACAACAUUGAGCUCCGCGUGCUACGGCGGUCUAACCCCGGCCCGAACGGCAAGGGCGGUGGUGGCGAGGUGCAGCUGGUCUUUGGGCACCAGGUCCGUCUCGCGAAGACACUACACAUGUUGAAUGCCGGUCGGAUUAAGCGCAUCCGCGGUGUGGCCUACUCGGUCGGCACGUCGGGAUCAAACAAUGCCCGGAUGAUCGAAACCGCCCGUGGCAUCCUUAACCCGCUGUCGCCGGAUACCUACGUCUUUUCAGACAUGUCGUCCGCGCCGCUCGUCGACGCCCCCGACAAGACCAGCGCUGCAGCCAAGAAGAAGAUUGGUCUGGGAUUCGGGCUAUCGCUGGUCGCCGAGUCAUCGACCGGCUGUCUGUACUCGGCGGACGUCGCGUGCCCGCCGUCGGGCGGUCAGCCGCCCGAGGAUAUCGGCAAGCAGUGUGCGUACCAGCUGCUGGAGACCAUCUCCAAGGGCGGGUGUGUGGCGCCCGCCGCCGCGCCGACGAUGCUGGGACUCAUGACGAUGGGGACGGAAGAUGUCGGUCGCCUGCAGCUGGGGCGAGAGGUGGUGGGCGACGAGAGCGUCAUCCAGUUGGCGCGCGACCUGACCAAGUUCGGGUGUCCCGGCUGGGGUCUUCGCGAUGCCAGCGACGACAACACUACGAGCGACGUCAUCGUCAGUGUGGUCGGGCGCGGUAUUGGCAACGUUGGGCGUAAGGUGGCUUAGUUUGAUACUGGGCGAAGGAUGGAUGGAUGGAAGGAAACCGAUCUACAACUCUCCGGCCCGCGACAGCUCAGCUCAGCCAUCAGGAACCAUUUCUCAUGGGUUGUUUCAGGAGAUUUGAAGGAGGGUCACAGAAUUGUUUCAGGUUGUUGAAACACCCACACCACCGUGCACGUGGCAGAGAUCCUUGGGAGAAGACCAUGAAGGCAUGGGUCGCGCUGGACGAGUACGACACCACGUCAGUUCUUUUUAUGGGUUGGAGAUGGAGAGAUUCCCAGCGUGGAUGCCCGAUGCAUUUGGGACCACAUUGACCGCCAACUGGUGGUCGUGAUUGGGUCCCACACGUGGCUGCCAAGCGCCAACUUGCAUACUCCUCAUUCUCAUUAUGAUUCUGUUGAUUUCCAUCCUUGCGUGGAUCCUGGAAAGGAAUGAGGGGAAUGAGAAGGGGAUUCCCAGUUUCUCUUGGAGUUGAAGCCAUAUAAAUCAGCUUGAUUGGGAAAUGCUGAAUAAAUGAUACCCACCUUGUCUAUAUGUAUCUUAGGAUUAUUGGCGUUAAAUUCACUUGUUUCAAAUUAUCAUCCUUAUAAUUAUUAUCAAAACAUAGACUGACUCAGUCCUGUUCACCGCUAGGAUCGCC